AUGUCCGCACUUCCGUAUACAGCAGGGGCAGCCGUCCUCCACAACCCCGACCUGCUGCCGGAGAUUUUCAAGCAUCUCGCACCGUUCUCGGAGCCGCUCGCGCUGGCACAACUUGAAGAGCCUCCCGCAGACCUUCUACUUCCGGAGCAUACAUAUCUGUGCAGGCGUACCCUUGUGGCCGCAGCCUUGACCUGCAGAGCUUUCGCGGAACCCGCCUCGAGCGUGCUCUGGCAAGUUCUAUACAGUGGACUGCUCCCUCUCCUCUGUCCUCUUUCCGCCUUCAGGAUCGUAGCCGAUGGCAACGAUCGGACUACCAGAUAUGUGAUUGAUUCAGACGACGUUCACCUUGAAGACCUGGCCCGAUGGACACACUGCACCCGCAGGGUACGGCAUCUAGUCCUCAGUCACACCGAGAAGUCUCUGCUUGGGGCACCGUUCGUCCCCUUCUUCCUCCUGUGUGCCAUGAGGGCAGGAGAACCUAUCCUCCCUCUGCCCCAAACAAUCGCCUUCAAAGAAACUUCCGACGGCUAUGCGCCCUCGGAGCUUCUUCGUGCCUGCCUCUCGCCCACUUUGUCUAGCAUAACGGUGAUGAGCAACAUCCCGCACUCCUUUAGCGUGCACCUUGACGGCGACCUGAGGAUGCUGUCGACAAUGUGCGACAACGUGCAGCGCAUCACCAUAAUGAGCCACGACAUGGUGCUCUGUAACCCUCCUCUCACCGGAUUCCGUCGGCUGCGUGCUGUGGACCUCGGGCAGAUUGCCUGGGAAGAGAGUAGACCUGUCAUGUCCCAGCUGCGCUCUCUGGAGAAACUGGAAGAACUGCGGGUCGGCUUUUGGCACGACAACUACGGGGUGUCCCAGCCUCCAAUCAAACCGGACCCCAAAGGCUUCCUCGCCCUGCGCAAACUGCGACUCGUGGGAACAGCACCCAUCACCGGCCAAUUCCUCUCCUCCAUCGGCGCCACGUCGCUGCAGCACCUCGAGGUCGUGCAGACAAGAAUGAAUUCCUUCGCCGACUUUGACACCCUGGUGAGCGCGGUUCCCUGGGUGCAGAUCACGCCCUCGCUCCGACGGCUCUAUCUGGCCCUCCAUGCGGAGCUGCACACACUUCGAUUCUGCGACAACAACCCCGUCCACGCCCCCUUCUUCAGCGUCCUCGCACCACUGGCCGACUUGCACGCGCUCGAGACACUGGAGGUCGCUACCUGGAACAGGGUUAUCUCGAUCUCGGACGACGCUGUCGCUCAGAUGGGCACCGCCUGGCCCCGCCUGCAGCACCUCGCCGUCACCGUCUCCUCAACCUUCACACGCGGGCCCGACGCUGCUCUCUUCACGCCCUACGACGCCGAAAUCGCCCGGCCCACGCUCUCGGGCCUCAUACAGCUCGCCGAACGUUGCCUCUCUCUCGCCUAUUGCGCCAUCGACGCGGCGUCUGUGUCCGAGGCAGAGCUCGUUGCGCUCGAGGAGCACUGCGACGCCUUUUCCCCCGCACGCGUACAGAAGAUCCAGGGGGGCUUGGAGCAGCUCGUCCCCGCGCGCCGGGCCCACAGCAGCCACUUCACGCUUCCGGACGUUGACCGGCUCGCACACGCGCUGCAUUCCCUCUUCCCGUCCCUGGAGGGCGUGAGCGUGCGCCCCGAGCUUGACAUCAACUUCCCCCCGACGCUCCUCCCUUUUGAACGGGAAAAUUGGGGUUUGUGGUCCGAGGAUGAGCAGGGGGCAGAUGUGUUCCGUCUGCUGGAGAGGCUCAACGAAAUGACGAAAAAGGCGGCGCCCUGA